AUGAUUGCCAUCGCCAGUUUUCUUUCUUUCUUUCUUUCUUUCUUUCUUUCUUUCUUUCUUUCUUUCUUUCUUUCUUUUAGUUUUAACUAUCACCUUUGUUGUGUGUUGUCGAUACGCGUUGCCGUACCUGUUUUAGGGAAGAAAAAAAAUCUAAUUUCCAUUUUUUCACUUGCACCCCGGAAGAUGAUCUUGGAAAAAGAUCGAAAGUACUUGGGAAAUGAAAAUAAAAGAAAUUUAAACAGCUAUAGCACAUUUCUCCCAUCAUUUAACAUCAACGCACGCAAGGUUAUUCUUUUGUUCAUACCUGUCCUACACUUUUUACAGUUUUACAGCGUCGGCAAAAAUCCGACGGACGCAGAAUAUUCCCGCUUAAACCAGAUUUCAACUGUUUUCUCAUCAACCAUCUCUCUCUAUCUAUCUAUCUAUCUAUCUAUCUAUCUAUCUAUCUAUAUAUAUAUUUGCAUGUAUGUGUGUGUGAAUGGGAAAAAAAAGAGAUUCAUUCAAGCGCUCUCGCCGCCAGUGCUCGUUCUUCUGCAGACACAUUUUUUUUUAUUGAUUCAUCGACUUUCCAAACAAGUCAUCACGAACAAUAACCCACCUGACACAGUAACUGUGCAAUUUGUCAGGAUGACCGUACGUCGUUCUUUAUCCCCUGGGGAAUAUUCUGUUUAUUCACCGAACAGCCUGUCAUGUUUGUCCAGUUUUUCUUUUCUUUUUCGUGUGUCCUGCAUAAGGUUCGUCUUAGCUGCUGAAUUCAUUUCUGCCUGGUUGCAGCUAUCUAUCUAUCUAUCUAUCUAUCUAUCUAUCUAUCUAUCUAUCUAUCACAGAUUUUAG